AACACCUACAAUCAGAAAAUUUCGACUGUUUCUUUUCCCCUGAUAAUGAGUGAAAGUGAGAGAAAUAGCGGUAGUGGAAGGAGAUGGUGGAAGUGGCGCCGCUCCAGGUCUUCUAGACGCUCUGAAGUCGACCCUCCAGAAGUUUCCACCUCCUGGUUCCAUAGCCUGGACGCCGUCUGCACCCAGUUAAUGACGGUUCUACCGACCAUCUCGUCGUCUACAAAAACGGCCAUCUACUUGUUUAUCGGUCUAUUGGUAGUGUGGCGUAUGACCCUGUGGGUGUUGGAGUUCAUAGUGACGAUCCUCUGCCUCGCUGCAGUACCGCUGAUAGCAACAUGCUUCCUCAAGCCAGAACUGGCUGUCUGGCUGCUGACUGAGAUUGUGCUGCCGAACCUGGAUGCUGCGCGUGAAUGGUUGUCAAGAACUUUCCUCAGCGUUGGUCUUCUACUAACCCGACGUUACCCGCCGCCCCGCUCCAUCCCUGCCAUAGAGUAUCCGACCAUUCCACCACCUGCAUUGGCCUCAGCAUCCGCUACCUCUGUGUCUUCGCCUCGCAAGAGCGUACUUUCUCUCCCUACUUACUCUUCCCAAUCUGAACCUGCACUGAUAAAGGCUUCGGCUUGAAUUACAAACGAUUCUUGUGUAAAUAAAACUUCUUCGACAGACUGUGUUUGUUU